CUUUCAUCCAUGAGGGGCUGACCCCGCUGCCACCCCCGGCUGCCACCCCCGGCUCCUCCCUGCAGGCUGCGGGGCUCGGGCUGUGCGGGGAAGCUGCGGGCUGGCCACAAGGAGGGCUGCUGGCCACCGGGACCUGCUGCUCCGUGCCUGCUGGUAUCAGAGGUGGCAUCUCGGCGCUGGACCAUGGUGCUGUGAGGGGCCAGCUGCCCCCUCCCCGCUGCCGAGCCCCAGGAUGCAGGUGCCCCCCGGCCGCGGGCUGCCCCUCGCCAGCCUUCUCCUCUGCCUCCUCCUGCAGCAGCCGGGCAGCAGCACAGCUUGGAAGCAGCACGUCCCGCGCCUUCGCCUCCCGUACAAAGAUCUGCUGAAAUCCAACAGCUCUCACCUGUUGCUGGCCUCUGGGGAUGGGCUGGAUUUCCAAGCCCUCUUGGUGGAUGAAGACAGAGCCUGGCUGAUGGUGGGAGCAAAAAACCACAUCUUCCUGCUCCACCUGGACCAUCCCAGCAGAGAGCCUGAGAAGAUUUUCUGGCCAGCCUCCAGGGAGCAGGUGGAACACUGCCAGCUGGCGGGGAAGAACGUGGAGACGGAGUGUGCCAACUUCAUCCGCCUCCUCCAGCCCUUCAACAGGACCCAUGUGUUCGCCUGUGGGACUGGCUCCUACCAGCCUGUCUGUGCCUUCAUCCAGCUGGGAGCCAGGGGGAAGGGUCCUGGGGCUCCAGCCAUGCGGUUAGUGACCCACUCCUUGGAAUCAGGGCGAGGACGGUGCCCCUACAGCCCCCAUGAACCCUUCACAGGACUUCUUGUUGAUGGGGAGCUCUAUUCGGGCACCUCCAGUGACUUCAUGGGCAGCAGCGCUGCCUUCUUCCGGACCUGGGUCCACGGCGCCGAGCAGAGCUACAUCCGGACAGAGCAGAACCAGGACCACUGGCUACAUGAGCCCGCGUUUGUUGGCGCCUAUGCCAUCCCUGAUACCUACAACUCGCACGAUGACAAGGUCUACAUCUUCUUCCGUGAGACAGCCAUGGAAGCUGGGCAGUGGGAGCGGCGGCACAUCCACGCCAGGGUGGCCCGGGUCUGCAAGAACGAUGUAGGAGGGAAGCGCAGCCUCAUCAACCGCUGGAGCACGUUCCUCAAGGCCCGCCUGGUGUGCUCCAUACCUGGGCCCCAGGGCACCGAGACCCACUUUGAGCAGCUGGAGGAUGUUUUCCUUCUCCGCACCCGAGACCCCCAGAAUCCUCUCAUCUUUGGCCUCUUCACUGUCUCCAGUGGUGUCUUCAGUGGCUCUGCUGUCUGUAUCUACUCCAUGGCUGCUGUGAGAGCUGCCUUCAGUGGCCCCUUUGCUCACAAGGAGGGAUUUGACUACCGCUGGGUGGAAUACAAGGGGCGUGUCCCCUAUCCUCGUCCUGGCACGUGCCCCAGCGAGACGUACGACCCCCUGCUGCGGUCCACCAAGGACUUCCCCGAUGAGGUGAUCAGCUUCAUGCGCAGCCACCAGCUGAUGUGGGAGCCCGUGUACCCACAGGGCCACCAGCCCAUCCUGGUGAGGGUCAACGUCCCCUACCGGCUGCGGCGGCUGCUGGUGCACAGGCUGGAGACGGAGAGCAGGCACUACGACGUGCUCUUCCUUGGCACAGAUGAAGGUAAAGUCCUGAAGGUGGGGCUGGCUGGUGGGGUGAGCCGUGGCACUGAGGUGAUCAGCCUGGAGGAGAUCAGCGUCACCAAGGUACCUUCUCCCAUCCUGGACAUGAAGUUAUCACCGAAGAGGCAGGAGCUGUUUGUGAGCAGCACCCACGGGCUGCUCCAGCUCUCCCUGUACCGCUGCGAGCUCUAUGGCAAAACCUGCAUGGACUGCUGCCUAGCCAGGGACCCUUACUGCACCUGGGACAGCAAGACCUGUGCCCCUCACCUGCUCACCGAGAAGAGACGUGCCCGCUGCCAGGAUGUGCUGAAGUCUGACCCUCUCAGCCAGUGCCAGGACACCUCAGAGGGGACCACUGCUGUGGAGAAGCUAAUUUUUGGGGUGGAGAAGAACUCAACCUUCCUCGAGUGCCUGGCGCGCUCCCCGCAGACGACCAUCCGGUGGGUGGUGCAGCACGGUGAGGAGAUGGCCCUGAGCGAGGUCAGGAACAAUGGGCACUUCUUGGUGCUGGAGCAGGGGCUGCUGAUCCGCCAGCUGGCAAGGGAGGACGUGGGCACUUACGAGUGCCAGGCUGUGGAACGCUCCUUCUCCCGGCCCCUCACCCGAUACAGCCUCAGAGUCAUCAGACAUGAAGCCAUGGAGGUGCCACCUUACAAACGGAGCAAAGGGGCCGAGCUGGGAGGGACCCACCAGAGCCCCCGACCCCACAUUGACCUGUACCCGGGCUACAAGGGGUUCCCGCGGGCCCUGGGGGCGCCGGGCACCAGCCUGGAUGCCUACUGCAAUGCCCUGCGGCAGCAGGAGCGGCAGCGGCAGAGAGCCUGGCACCAGAAGUGGCAGCACCCAUCCCCGGACAGCAAGAACGGCCGCGUGCGGAGGCACCCGCAGCCCCUGUGAGAGGGCAGAGGGGCCCGGAGCAGCCCCACAGCUCUCUUGCUGUUCUCUACAGGGCCCUCCCGGCACUUGGGCAUCAGCUCCGAGACACCUCCCAGCUCCCUGUGCAGAAACGCCUCGCUGUUACUACCUCAAGCCCUGCCAGCCCCGCUGCCUCCCCGUGCACCUGCGGGGCACACAGCCCGCUCUGGUGCCCUGAGGCUCAAAGCUACUUACACCCUGCUCAGUAUUUAUUCUCCUUGUUUUCCCCUAGCCCUUAAUGCUGUUACCAGCAGCAGUAAGCACAGAAGGCAGAGAAGGGAAAUAGCCAGCUCUCACAAAUGGUUUCUAACACCUGGCAGCACCUGGCCCUGCCAUGGACACCCCUGAAGCUGCUGGAGAGUCCAAAUGCCUCUGGAAGCAACUGGGCACCUUCAAUUUUCAGAGAUGCCCAUGCCCAGCCCAGCUCCCAUCUGCUUCAAACCACAGGGCUUUUUAAAAUUUUAACCUUUUUUUUACCAGGAAAAAAAAAAAAAAGAACCAACAGGCAGUUAUACCAACUUACAAUUUAUUAUUUUUUUUAAAAAAUGACAUGAAACACAAGUAAAAAUAAAUACAUCAUAUAAACAACAAAUUGUUCAAAGUCUCUGUUCUGGGAGACCAGACAAGCACAUCCCAUUCGACAGAGAGAAGAGGGAAGCACAUGAUCAUGCGUGGGGCCAACCAACCGACCCACCCUGCUAGCAAGACUCCUCUUUCCAACCACAAAAAGACAGGCCACAAACUAAGGCAGUAAUAAAACAGAAAAGCACCCCAAGACAACAGAAAGCCCAAAAUGAGACUCAGCGAUGGAUUCCUUCAGGCUCCCCUGCAUCUGCCAAAGACUCCAGCUCCAAGCCGGGUGCCACCACAGUGGGAGCCAGGCAGCAGCAGUGGUGGUGGUGGUCUGGGAGGUGGCAGAGGCUGCUCACCCGAGCUUGCACCAUCAGCCCUUCAAAGGGAGCACUUGCUCUACUCCAGCUGCAAGGAGCCAUCACCCUCACUGUCAUCUAGCUGGACUAUGUUCCCCUUUCAGCCUCUGCCCCCCACCCCAGCCCUCCCCCCUUGGUCCUUCCAAGACUGGAUUAACAAAAUUCAUCCCAGAGUGAUGAGAAACACCAGCUGUGAAAGUAUUUGCUGUACUUGUUCCUUCUGGCCAUCCACAAACCAAGAGCAAUUCUCUUGUAUUCCACCAUUUGCUGACAUCAUUUAGCCAAAAGAUACAUAAUUCCUGGUGAAGCCCCAUGGAAAUCCCGUCCUUUGCUUGCCUGAAUAUUUGCUUUCUGUGAGUAACUACAGCCAAGCCGCCAACCUCCCAGGCACUCUGGGGGCAAAAGUGGAACAGAUCCUCCAUGGGCCAGGCUGGGCUGUGUUGCCCCCACCUGGCCUCAAAAGCCACAUGGGUAGGCAAGCAACAAGACCAGAGACCAAGGCACACAGCAGCCUCAGCUCUCCCCGUGCCACCAUGUCCCACAGCAGUACCCCCACUGUCCCCAGGAGCAGGAGACGCUCAGGUAAGGGAAGGGCUGAGGGCUGGGUGCUGAUGUAGGAGGCAGCUGGCUCACCUGAGGCCCAUGUGGCUCUGCCCCAGCAUCUCAGCUGUGCUCAAAAUUCCAUUUUAGUGCUCAAAAAAUCCACUUUAGUGUCCAAAAAUCCUCAGCAGAGAGUCCUGCACUGUUCUCCUUGUUGUCACCCGCAGCCCUGCAGGGAACUGGCAGCUGCUUCCGUCCAGUCACUUGGAGACAGAAAUCCAGCAGCAAAAGAAAAAUUUAACCCGUGCAGUGAAAGUCCCUGUUCCAGGCUCAGGAAAAUCAAGACCAGAUUCUCUGCACAAGAGCCAUGUGCUGAAGAGGAAAAAAGGCUGGGGGGGGAGGGAAGAUGAGGGGUUAGAGGGAGACCCAUGGGAGGGGGUUCAGAGAGGUCCCCCGACUUUGAAAGCCCCUGGAUAACCCACACAGGUUCUGUGGGGUGAAGGAAGUCCUUUCCACAGGUACCUCCAGUCUCCUUGGAGCAGCCCCAGUCUCUGCCAGCCCCCAUGGGAGCCCCAUGGUCAGGACAUCACAGCUAACUCUGCAACCACUUCUCAGAAGAGCAGACCCAGCCCCUUGUUAAGGGGGGCAGUGUGUGGGGUGGAGCAGUGCCACACCACACCACACCACACUCAGUGAGGGUGGCUGGGGUUGUGCUCAGGGCACCAUGCUGUGGUUGUCCCAUCCAUGGGUAUUUGCCAGGGAGAGGAAGCUCCUCGCAGCUGUUUGCAUCCAGGGACAGCCCCACCACCGGGGGGCAGCCAGAGGUCUCCAAGCCACCACAGCCACACAGGAGCCAGGAGAGCUCUCACUUCUCACCCUGACACAGGGAGGUUUCCAGCUGGCUCCCAGCACAAAGUGUGUGCCCUCUGGCAGCCAAGCACCCGAUGCCUCCAUCUUCUAUGGCCACUGGGCUUGGGCUAUGCCAGGAACCCUCAGGAGGACUUCAGACAGCAGCAUGGGGACAUGCCAGGGCCUGCUCUCCUGGCAAGGCAAAGGGUACCACAUCCAGAGCCACGGUGCCAACCGUCCCCAGACGAAUCUCCAUGCUUUGUCUCAACACACAGCCACAAAAAAAGCCCCACUCAGAGAGGACUCAGGAGGGCCUUUCAGAUGAGCUCCACUACCCUGACCACCACCAGUGAGGAUCAAGGCUCUGGUGAGGGUCUACUCAUGCUCCAGCCUCUCCCACAUCCCCACAGGUCUCAACACUUGCUACUCUUGACAAGGAAAGCCCUUGCCUAGGUCCGUUCCCCAAAUCCACCGGAAAACUGACAGCCUCACAGGGAUGCAAGAGACAUCUGGGCAAGCUGGUCAUACAAUCAGUGGCACACGGUUGUGCAUGAGGUGGACAUACAGAGCACAGGAGGGCAUGACUCACAGACGCAGCACUGUCAAGUCUUUGGAGAAACUUGCAUGAACACCAUCAGUUAAUUUGCUUUGUUACUUUUGUGGGGGGGUUUGAUUUUUAUUUCCAUGGUGCAUCCAAAGACAAGUUGUCCAGCAGUUUGCUCAGAACCCCUCGGUUUUCAACUCCUAGGAUAUGUUAAAGAAGAAAGCACUAUUUUAAUGUUUGUUUUUUAAAAAAAAUAAUUAAAAUAAUUUGCAUAGCUAAA